AUUUCUUACAUGGUUUGCUAAAAUUAUCAUGAAAUAUAAUAGAUUCGCUCCAUCACGGGUCGGACUAUUGACAUAACGACGAUAAACUUAUUCGAAAAUCUUGCUCCAGAUACACGAGGAGGAAGCGAUCGGGCCAGACCAGUUGAUGGGAGACGUGCUAUACUACGGCGACAGCCACGACACGGUGGCGCAGCUGCACUGCCGCGAGGACGUGGAGAAGCUAAUCGCCGCCCACAAAGAGGACCACAAGCUCAUCGUGCUGGACGUCGGGCUCAAGCACUGCGGUCCCUGCGUCAAGGUCUACCCGGCGGUGCUGAAGCUGUCGCGGUCGAUGGCGGACACAGCGACGUUCGCGAGGAUGAACGGCGACGAGAACGACAGCUGUAUGGUUUCCUCAAGGACAUGGACGUGAUCGAGGUGCCGACGUUUCUGUUUAUACGGAACGACGAGAUCAAAGGGAGGUACGUCGGGUCAAGGAAGGGGGAGCUGAUUGGGGAAAUUUUGAGAUACCAAGGGUUUCGUGUGACGUAUUAGUUGAAAGUGAAGUGUCAUAAACCAGUUGGUCCCAAUUACUCGAGUUGUUGGGAGAAGGUUAUAUUGGAUCUUAUACAGGCCCAUGUAUGGUACUUAACAACUUCCUUACACGCCCUCUCAAACGAAAGCCGACUUAUGGGCUUGAAGUUUGCACAAGCCCGCCAUACCAUGUGCAUGUAAGACAACGGCUGAUAUUGGGGGUCCUGAGGACUUGAACACGUGACCUCAAGUACAAACCAACUCUGAUACCAUGAAGAAUUUGAUGAUGCUGAAGGAAACGAACACAAAAGACAAGGGAUUUUACGUGGUAUCCUCGAUCAAUUGAGUCAUCGAAAAUAUCUACGGUGAGCUCGGAACGAGCUCAUGACUGAUAUUUUAUUAGGGACUACAUUGUGAUGGCUUGCUUAUGACAGGUUCGUAGCUAAACCUUAUAUAGAGAUAGACGUAGGGUUAAAACCCUAAUGACAACCAAAUUUCCUUCUUUUACAUGGACAAGGAAACAAGGGACUUGGAGGACAAAGAAUUAAUUAUUUUUUACUAAAUAAUUAAUAUUCUCAACAUGAAGUGUGUUGAGUUGUGAAGGGAAAUGUUUGUUAUACAUGGUGAUUAUGGAAUUUGGUGGUGGAUUUUCGUAUGAGGAUAUCAUCUUUAUAUCAAACACUAAGCUUAAUAAUUAGUUUUCCCUAAUAGGGUGCGCUUAUGAUGCCUUGCAAGUAAGCUGCCUUCUAGCACAAGCAAACUAUCAGAAAACAGCUUUCGUAGCAAUUUCGAGCCUUUUGUUUUAAGCCUUCCAGAUAUUCAAUAUUUCAUCCAAUGCUUUGCCUUUAUAGACAAACAUACCUACUUUCGCGUCGUAGAGGCCCCUGGACUCGACUCUCAUCCAUGCGUGUCGAAUUGAGCUCCAAAGUAGGCUUCACAAACACGUUCCCAGACUUGGCCAUUUUCAGACAGUUUCCCAGUUUUGGCAUAGCCUUUUAAUCAAGUUCAAAAAUUGUC